CUAGUCCUAUGCGCAGUACAUUUUGCGCACAGGUUUACACAACGGAUUUGAAAUGAAGAAAUGAAUUUACCGUUGGUGUCUCAAGGAAUAGUUAAAAUGAAUAGUGAUACAUUUAAAAGAAUACUGGGAAAUCUCAGUCUGAUAUGCCAGUCGGAGUUGAGUGAAAUACAACUUAGGUCUGAGGAAAAUUUACAAUGGCUUUCAGAUAUUUCAUCAGAGCUUGAAAAGCAAACAUCAAAAUCAAAUGUUCUACUACCGAAGACUCCAACUGUUAAAAGAAAGCAGAGGAAGAGAUGUCCUGUGGCAACUAUUCCUGAAGAUGGAGAAAUUGAAGAUAUAACUUUGUCAGAAAUGACUAUCAGCCCCAGCAACUCGUAUCAAACCAGAAGCACUCGCAGUACUAGACAAAAUUCAGAAAGGGUCAGCCCUGUUCUGAGUAAAAGGAGCAAAAGAAAUGCAUCUAAGGUUGCGAGUAAGAAAAUAAAGCAGCAGAUAAAUAUUACUCUUAAUGGAAAAAUGCGCCAGUCUCCUACUGAUUGGUCUAGUUCAGUACGACAAGGGAGGAAACGUAUUUCUUCAGGUGUAAUAUUAGAGGAAGAUCUGCAGCCACAAAAAUAUAGGCGGUUAGAGCGGGAGAAAUCUGCUCAGCCUUUAGAUGAGCAACUUGAGAAUAGUAGUACUGUCCUGAAAACACCUGAAGUCAGCUGUCUUACACAGGAUGUUAGAAAUGUGAAAUCAGUUUCCCCCGUAGUUGUGUUGCUUAGAAUCAGUUCUGACACCAACAGAACUUAUGAUAACAGAAAUAAAGAAGAGAUAAAAUUAUUGGACAGUCCUGAUCAUGUUACCUCAUCUGUUUGUGAUGAGUCUCCCAAAAGACAGGAAGAGAAACAGAAAUCAUUUACAUCUUAUCCCAGUCAUGCUGUACCAUCCUCAACUGUCAGUACAGAAACAACUCCUAAGGCGCUUCCCAGCAUCCCUGUUGAUGUGACAGUAAAAUUUACUGAGGAUGAUCAUCCUAGCAAAUCUGUUCAUAGUUCAUAUGUACAUAGGGUUGAUUCACUUAUUCUUGAUGAACCACAAAGAAGCAAACUGUCCAUUCAUUCUCUUCCCAAUAAUUUUAGUGAUAAAAUUGAAAAUAACAAUAUUGUAACAACAAUUAAUCCUCUUUGUGGAGACAAACAUCCUGAGCCCUCUAACAGUGACACAGAAAGUUGUGCUGUUAGGAGUUAUGGCGCAAUGCAUCAGAGUGCCAUGGAAGGGAAACUGUCUGGGAAAAGAACUUCUGUUGAUGAAAUUGGUGUAUCUGGACUUAAUUCAACAUUUACAAAGGCUCCAGAGAAUCAACAGAGUGAUGAUGUUUGUGCCAAGGUUUUGAAUGUUGAUCAGCCUGAUAAGGCAAAUGAGUCAGUUUCAGAGCACCAGGUUACAUUACAUUCAAGACUUGCACUUCAGAGUUCUCCAAAUAAAAAGAUGGCAAAACCAAAAAAGUCUUCGCAGAUGUUCAGUCCAUUUGCCAAUGAACCUGUUAGACAGCGGGUGGCUGCUUUUGAAAAAUUGCAUACAGUGAGUGAAGAGCCUGCAGAACAAAUAGUGCAGAAGAAACCAGAGCAGACAAUGAGAUUGACCCGAACAAAAACUAGAGCCAUGGCUAGGGCAGCUGCUGCAGAGUCUGCUGGUACAAAUCAAGGUGUUGUCCAUACAUCUGCUGGAGUAACCAAUACUGUAAGUUCUGAUGAAAACAAGUGGAAGGCCUCCCGAAAAUCAGUGGCUAAGGCAAAGAGGAUAUCCCUUGCAAGAGAAUUGCGAGAGAAGGAGAAAAUUGAAGAACAUGAAUUAAGCAAAGAGAAUUCUAUGAGUACAUUUUCUGCAUCAAAGUUUACUCCACAUGGAUUAUACAUCUAUGAUAAAUAUCGACAAACACCUCUGUCAUCAAGUAAUAUUAGCAACACAAGUGUACAAUCUGCUUUCACUGCAGGGAGUUCAUCAAAAGGACGUUUCUUGGUAAACAGACAAUUAGGUAACAUUGUAUUUGGGGUAGAAUCUUUCAUUCCCAAACUGGCCGUGAAGCCUGCAUUGGAUAUACAAGAAAAGAGGGAAGAAGAGAUAAAACGUCGUAUAGAGAAAGAGGAAGCAGCUCGUAAGAUGAGGGAUCAAAAGGUGAAGGAGAAAGUAGAAGAAAAAAAAAGGAAACGUGAAGAGAAAAUGUUAAAAGUUUUAAAAGCUAGAGAAGCCCUUGAGAGACAGAAACAGGACAUGGAAUUACGUACACAGAAGGAGAAAGAGGAGAAAUCGAAACAGGCAAUGCAGGACCGCGAAGAUAAAAUGAAGGAGCAUGUGCAACAGAAGAAGCAAUAUGCUCAGCAGAAGGCGGCAGAAAUUGAAGAACGCAGAAAACAAGAGGAAGCAGCUCGUUUGGCCAAACUGAAGGAACAGGAAGAAGAACAGCGUCGUCUCCAAGCAGCACGUAAAAAGGAACAGGAAGAGGCAGAGAGGCAAUAUCUGAAACGUUUAGCAGAGGAGAAGGAAGCUGCAAUCCUCAGGGAACAACAAGCUGCAAAGAUGGCUCAAUGGCAAGCUAAACUCAAGGAAAAACAGACAAAAGAAAAGACUGAAGCAAAACUGAAAACUGUCCCAGGUAAAGUUGCAGUUAUGGACAAAACUUUUGAUAUGUCACAACCCAACAGCAGUUUGAGCAAACAGAGCCCAACUAAGAAGAAGAUUCCAAAUGUAAAUAAUUAUGGAAUUGAUUCAUCAGCAGAAGAGUGCAGUGAGGAUGAAGAAAGGCCAAAGAGACCAAUACCUCUUUGGGCAAGAAAAAAGGAACAUGAGCCAGUUCUGAAAAGAUGUGAAUACAAAUUAAUGGAUAUUUAUCGAGGAUAUUUUAUCUGUAAGGAAACAACACCAGAUCUUGCAAAGAUAUUUGGAAUCAAAUUUGUGAAAAGGACAUCAAGUGCUGUUUGGAGGACACCACCACGCUAUAGCACUCUACCAAAGUAUUAGUCAUGUGCUUAAGUUCAUCUGUUUUACAUGCAAAUCAGGAAUGGAUUCUUUCACCGUUGAUGAGGUGGGCAGGGACUUCGAAGUUUGAAGAGAUCAUCACUGUACACAUCAGCAACAAUGAAUAUCAAUAACAAUGCAUUAACUUAGAUUAAAUAUGUUGGUGCCUUUUAAGCUGUAAUUCUCUCUGUAUCCCCAUUCUGAUUGAAUACACCCAACUGCUGCUGUUUUUGAUAUUGAUAUGAAAUUAAGGGUGUAUACACUUUUCACUCUUACAGCUUGUCAUUGCUACAUACAUCAAAUUUCAUAACUUCAGAUUCAUCACUUGGUUCAUAUUAUUAACUACUUUCAAAAUGUCAUUAUACUGUUGGCUGCCAUAAAAUUUCCAAUUGUUUUGUUUUUGGUUAAUUAUGAACAUUUAAUGCCAUUUUAAUUGGAAAUAUCUUGCAUUAGCUACUCUAAAGAUGUGAGAUUAUAAAUUUGUCUUCAUUUAGAAUCUUCUAGAAUUUUUGUCUUUCAGUUGAGAUAAGCCAUCUGCAUUCCAUUAUAGAAUCUCAUAAGGAGGCCUAGGUGGAGCUGAGAAUACUGAGUCAGUUUCAGAAAUAACAAAUCAGAAAUCACUCAUUUUUCAGGAGGCAAAAAUAAAUAUAUUUGAGUUACUUGUUAUUGCAACCACAUACUUUAAUAUAAAGUACUCACUUUUAGAAAGUGCAGGGAAUGCUAAUCAUGUUUUGUUGAAUUUGUUAUCUAUCAUAAGAACUUUGAAAUAGGGUGGUAAGAUUUUUUGCAUAAAAUAAUGGGCAUGCAUCAUCACACUUGAGGACUUAAUUCUAGUACAAAAAGUCCACAACAUGGGAGUAUACAAAAUGCAGCUCUAGACUUCACAUCAUUUGCUUGGAGUAUAUCAGCCAGUAGGAAGUGUAAGAAACUUGAUCUUCAAAACUUCCUCCUUUCUUGCAGCACGAAGGAAUUGGGGGGAGGGGGUAUUGUCAGCUGUCGAUCUCUGCAAGAUAGCUGUUGCUAAAACUAGCCAUCUUGGCCAUACUCUUUUUUUUAUCUGCAACAAAUGUUGCUGUUAAGGCCAGCUUUAAUUAUCAGCAUCCAUUUAUUUGGUGUGUGCAGUCCAUGAAAGUUGUUUUGGCUUGACUCAUCGCUCCUUGCUUCAUGCAGUGGGAUGGCAAUGCAGGUAUUCCCUGGGGUUAGGGGAAUCAACCAAACAUUCUGCACUGUGAUGUUUGAUUCAUUGUUACAUGUACACUGCUCAUACAGUGUGUACAACAGAGAAACAUGUACUUGCCUCCUCUUGUGUCUGUUCUUCAAAGAUGUCAAGACAUGACAGACAGAUACUAUUGUUGGAGAGUAAUUAAACGCAGUGACUAUUAUUGUCUAAGGUCUGUGAGAAAGCGGAGGUUUUAUGAGAAAGACAAUAAAUAGGGAAUCAUGUUUCUCCCAGAGUAUUUGAAGUGAGUGAAAGAUGUAUCGAAGAUUGGAGACAAAGAAGGAUAUUUUUGUGAGGCAGUCAUUACUGGCAGAUUUUUUGGGAAUGAAAAAGAAAAAUUCCAGAGAGAGAAGUAAAGCUUUCUUCAUAUUUAAAUGAGAGGUGGCAGUUUUGUUGUGCAUUAUCAAGUGAAAUGUGGCAAUUGAAAGCUGUAGAAAUUAUGAAGGAAAAUGGGAAUUCAGGGCUUCAACGCAAGCCAAGAUUGGUUGCAGAAAUAUUUUAAAUGAUGCAGUUUCUAUGUAAGACAGCGAACAAGUAUUGCACAAAAGCAUCCUAUUGUGAACAACAAAAAAUGUUAUUAUUUCAGAAGUACUGGUACUGUAGUUUCAGACACACAAUGAAGUCAAUGUAGAUGUAAUUGUAUGUACAGUAACAUAUUUUUGAUUACUUCUGUGUUACACAUUCACAUUAGAAUAAUGUAGGAUAUUACUAUAGUAACUUUUUAAGCAAUGCAAAAAAUGCAAGUAACAAAAUAAAAAGAUGUAUACAUAAUAUAUGAGAUUCAACAAAUUUUAUGUAAGUUUUGUGCAAAAAUAAAAGAGGUGAAGGUAAA